AUGCGUUACAAUCUCCCUUCGAAUGGGUUGCAAAAUGGUUCCGCCUCUCUCCCAACAUCUGCCACUCGCGUUGCUAAUGGCGAGACCCCACCCAACUGGAUCCCCUGCGCCGAGCAACCUGCAUAUACGCGACGGAAACUAAAGAUCAUCUGCAUUGGUGCGGGUUACUCGGGGUUGACACUUGCCUACAAGAUCGACCAUGAGCUGAAGCUCGGUGAUUUUGUGGAAUUGCAAAUCUACGAAAAGAACCCCGAGGUUGGCGGAACCUGGUUUGAAAACACCUAUCCUGGUGUCGCUUGUGACAUCCCUGCCCUCAUUGGUAAUGGCUCCUCCGGAAUUCAAUGCGUGGCUGCAAUGCAGCCGAAGGUCGCCCAGCUUGUCAACUUUGUGCGUAAUCCGACCUGGGUUUCUGUCAACUUUUGUGCGGAGAAGACACAAAAUGGGGGCAAUUUUCCCUAUACAGAGGAGGAGAAAUCACACUUCGCGGAAGACGCCGCGGCUCAUUUUAAGUAUCGAAGAGAGUUAGAGGCUAGUGUCAAUGCGUUCUUUUUUGGGAUGUAUAGAGACCACCCAAUGCAAUUGGGAUUGACACAGGCCUGCAAGCAACAGAUGGCGGAGCGAAUGAAAGGAAUCUCCGACCCAGAAAUACUGUUAAAGAUGCUUUCUCACGAGUUCCGUCCUGGCUGCCAUCGCUUAACACCAGGAGAUGGGUAUCUGGAGGCUUUUUCUAAUGACAAUGCAACCCUAACCUUUGAUCCGAUCGAGCGAAUCACAGAACAGGGUAUCAGAACCGUUGCAGGCGAUGAGCAACAAUUCGACGUGAUAGUCUGUGCCACAGGGUUCGACACGACCUUUAUCCCAUCUUGGAAGAUGAUUGGUCGCCAUGGAGCGACAUUGGAAGAGCGAUGGAAAGGUAACCCCGAGGCUUUCUUUGCGGUCCAAGUGGACACAAUGCCGAAUUAUUUUAUCUUCAACGGGCCCAAUUGUCCUAUCUCCCAUGGCUCAGUUUUGACGCAGAUCUCUUGGACAUGCGAUUACAUUCUCCGCUGGGCCAAGAAGAUUUCUGCGGAGGAUAUCAAGUCAAUUGAUGUCAAAAAGGAAGCCAUGGAAGACUACAAUGUUUAUUGUCAGGAGUUCCUCAAGCACUGUCUUGAGAAUAUUGGUGGGGAGCACUUCAAUAUCGACUACCGCUCUAAGAACCGGUUCCGAUGUCUAGGAAAUGGUGAAAGUGUGCAUGAUCAGCAUGGAGCAGGUGAUUUGGCGUGGUACAUGGAUGAUAUAAAACUUACCAAGGCGCCACUCUAA